GAACAAGCAAAGCCCGACCUUGACACUCUCGCUCUCUCUCUCUCUCUUCGCCGCCGCCGCUUCGCCUCCUACUCCUCUAGCUCUUGGCCUUCUCUCAUUGCGCCUUAAUCCUUGGAAAAAUCAAGUGGGUGUUCUUCUUCGACUUCUCAUUUCCCUCCCAGAUCUUCGCGAGCUUGGUCGCCAUCGAGGUGCUGCGAAAGGCGUCGUCGGAGCUUCGUCUUUCCGAGAACAAAAGGGGUUUUCUUUCAAAGCUGAAUCUGAAGAAGCUUUCUCGACAUCGCCUGUUUCUAGUUGUCUUGUUUCUUUAAGAUAGUUAUUGAUUGCUAAUUCGUCGACCCGUCGAAAUUUUUUGUUGAGGAGAGACAUGGCGAGCUAUUCGUCGAGGGUUGCGUCAUUGCAACUCGGGAGCUUCGAAAAAAGACUUGUUCUGAAGAGAGUUUGUUCUUUCAAGUUGAUGCCCGGUAAUUGUGUCCUCAAACGGUCCGUAAAUGAAGUCGCUUUGUCGCUUCAUAGUAAGGCUAGUGUCCGUCGAUGCCUACUGGUCAUUAUGAGUGUGUCACAGCCACACGGCGAGUCACAGUCUGUUGGUGCGGUGAACACGGCGCUUUCCGAAGGAAAGGAAGCUAGCGGAGUAGCAGGGAAGAAUCUCAAGAUUGUGGAAGAUGACUAUGAGUUGAUGACAGAUCACAAUGGAAAUGGCGGGGACGGCUUUGGCGGCAAUGGGGGAUUCUCAAAUGGGAGAGGUGGUCACGGAAGUGGUGGCGGAGAUGGUUAUGAAGGGAAUGACAAGGAAGAGGAGGAGUUCGGGCCUAUCAUGAAGUUUGAGGAAGUGAUGAGGGAAACCAAGGCUCGGGGGGCUACUCUUCCUCCGGAUAUGUUGGAGGCGGCAAAGAGUGUCGGGCUUCGCAAGGUUCUUCUGGAAAGAUUCCUGGAUUUGCAGGGUUCCGUCUGGCCAUUGGGCUUUGCAAUGAAGUCGUGUUCUAUGCUUCGGAAUCGAAUGUUGGCUGAUCCAUCAUUUCUUUUUAAAAUUGGAACAGAGAUAAUUAUUGAUUCUUGUUGUGCGACAAUUGCGGAAGUUCAAAAGAGGGGUAAAGACUUCUGGGCAGAAUUCGAGCUGUAUGUUGCAGAUCUUUUGGUUGGGGUGGUGGUCAACAUUGCUUUAGUUGGUAUGCUAGCUCCUUAUGCUAGGAUUGGUCAACCUUCUGUUGCCAAAGGAUUCCUUGGGCGCAUGCAGCAUGCAUAUGCAGCCCUUCCUAGCAGUGUAUUUGAAGCUGAAAGACCAGGGUGUAGAUAUUCUGUAAAUCAGAGAGUAGCCACAUACUUCUAUAAGGGAAUCCUGUAUGGUGCGGUUGGGUUUGCAUGUGGUAUCAUAGGACAAGGAAUUGCGAAUUUGAUCAUGACAACAAAGCGGAACAUAAAAAAAUCUGAAGAGGACAUUCCAGUGCCACCUCUUGUGAAGAGUGCAGCUCUUUGGGGUGUUUUUCUCGCUGUCUCUUCCAACACCCGGUAUCAGAUAAUCAAUGGACUAGAGAGACUGGUGGAAGCAUCGCCUCUUGCGAAGCGCAUGCCGCCCGUCGCGAUGGCCUUCACGGUGGGGGUACGAUUUGCAAACAACAUAUACGGCGGCAUGCAAUUCGUGGACUGGGCGAGAUUGAGCGGAGUACAAUAGUUAUCUAAAUUUUCUACUUCAGUCGGCUCAUCGAUUAUAAGUCUAGAUGCUUUUUGGCCAUUUGGUUAGACUUCGUCGGAGGCAUUUAUCCUCACUGGAAUAGGCGUCGAAAUCUUUAAUGCUUGGUGAUUUUUGAGGCCGGGGUCGAAUUCCUGCUUGCCAUGAUGCAGAGAUUGAGUAUUGUUGCUCUUAGACCUUAAGGAAGGUUUUCUGCAGAAAUGAAAUUGUAACAUGCUGUGAGAAUGGCGGAUC